AGUUUCUCAAAUUUUUUUAUACUAAAAUUGUAUAAACUAGAAUGCGAAAGUUGGCUGUAUCAAGAACUUGGUAUAUGAUCAAGUGCUUACACAUUCCCAGUCAUCCUCUAUACCUAAUGAUAUUCUUGCCCCUUCUGAUCCGGAUGUGGCCAAUAAUCUCCCAAGUUAAAUCCUUUGAUUUCAGAAGUGAAGAAUCGCAUGUCCAAGCUUCCAUUGUCUAAAGAAAGCUUAAACAAUGAACCCUUCAAAAUUCUAUCCGCAUUAAGGGCAUAUCCUUAAAAAAAAUACGAUGAUAUAUACAAGGCCCAAACUCCUCAAAAUGAUAAAAGCGAUUUGAUUAAGUCCCUACUUCCAAGACGUUUUAGUCUAUUCCCAAAUCCUGGAUUGCACUGGCGAUUCAUAAAGAUGGAUGCUCAGAACCUAACCGGAAUUUUCCCAGAUGCUAAACAGAAAAAGCAAGCUAAUGAAUCAUCUCCUUUCGAUCAUAAACAAAGAUGCUUCUAUCAAAUGUUUGACUUUAAGAAGCUGGUCAUUCAAAGGUAUACAUUAUUAUUACAUAUAUCUAUAAAUCAAAUUACUGACGAAAUAAAAUAUAGUUGUGAAAAGCUUCAAGCACUGCCUGAACAAAAAGAAAAGAUGUUUCUCAAUGGAUUGUAUACUGAUGGCUACACGUGCAGAGUUCUAUUUGCUAGAAAAGUGCUUCCAUCAUCACCAGAAUACAAUAUCUGUCUAGAGUUGAACGAUUUUACAAACGAAGAGGUGGACAAGCAUUUCCGUCUAUGUACUGUAGACCCAGGAAGAUGGGAUCCUUUUGUCUCUUAUCACGAGCAACAGAAGCGCAAACAGAGACUAGGUGUUGGAAAGAUUGAAACAGACAUUCCUUCGCCUAAAACUGUGUCUGUGGAACAAUUUGUUUUGUACAUAACUUACAUGCUGCAACACAUGAAUACUUUGCUUAAUUUCUACGGCUUUGAAACUUCUAAGAUUAAAUGGUUGAACUACCUUAGUUCCCAAAAAGCCAUCCAAGAAAGUGUCAACAUCUUAAUAAAUGGUGGAAAGAAGUAUAAUAAAAGCAGGAGAAAGAAGACAAAGGAAAACAAAAAAAGAAGGAGGAAAACUCGCAAGCCUCGUACUGCUCAAGAAGAAAGAGCACUCACCACCAUCCCAAAAUCAAAAAAAUAUACACUUUUUUUUAUUAUUAUCAUUAUUUCAGGAAACAGCAGCAAGAUGCCUCUGGUGGUCUUUGGGAUCAUAUCAAGUUCAAAGGUCUCCGUCAUGGCGUAUCUAACAAAAUAUAUCAACAAUUAAAAACAAGGCAAAGGCUUGGAGAGCUCUUGCUACUAGACAUUAACGAAU